GCCACGCCGUUGUUUGUUGCACAUCGCCAUCAGCCGCGUUUAGUACCACAGCGCGUUCUCCGCGCUAAAAUAUUAUAACCUAAAAAGUUUAUAACGCUAAUUUUUGUCAUUUAAUCUUUAUUUUAAUCGUAAUCAUAAUAUAAUACUCAUGUUAUCGUCUAACUUAUAAGGAUUGUGCUGUGAAACCUCACACCCAUACAGAGGGUGUGUGUGGAGUGAUAUUUUUGUGUAACCUAAAGUAAAUAUAAACGGCAAGCUGUGGGGCUCGGGGGCCUUUUUUUUGCCGCCGCAGGGGAUGUACUAUCCUGUGAGUAACGGCAAUGUCAUCGACCACACGGGCACACCAACUCUCCUGCACAUGGUGGGGACGGGUAUGGGAACCCCGUUCCCCGCGGCUGCGGCGGCGGCGGCCGCGGCGGCCCAGUACGCCGCCAACGGGGGCGACGCGCUGGCCAGCGUGAAGGCGGAGGCGGUGGGGCCGCAGCCGCCGCCGCAGCCCCCGCUCAUCAAGGCCGAGGGGCCCCCGCCGCCCGCGCCCCUGCCUCCGACCACCUUCUCCCCACAACCACCGCCUCAGCCGCUACCGCCCACCACGAUAGAAAGCCAAAACACUAGUACACAAAAUGAAAACGAACAAAGUGAAGAAAGCACGCCAGUGAGUGUGGCGGUAGCGGUAGCACAGCAGGCAGCCGCUGCAGUGGCGCAAGCAGCUGCCGCCGCCGCCGCCGCCUCGGCGCAGGCGCAGGCGCAAGCCACUGCCACGGCCGCCGCCGGCUCGCCCGACAAGAACCUCGUGCCCGUCAGCCAGGGCUCGCAGCCCAAGCGGCUCCACGUCUCCAACAUACCCUUCCGGUUUAGAGAUCCAGACCUCAGAAACAUGUUCGGCCAAUAUGGCACGAUACUUGAUGUAGAAAUCAUCUUCAAUGAACGAGGCUCAAAGGGAUUCGGUUUUGUAACAUUCGCAAAUAGUGGUGAUGCGGAGCGCGCACGAGAGAGACUUCACGGCACCGUGGUUGAGGGCAGAAAGAUAGAGGUUAAUAACGCUACAGCGCGAGUGCAGACCAAGAAACCACCGGCGGUGCCAAACGUGUGUGUGCAGUGGCCGGAAGGGCUGCGCGUGAGCGGCGUGUCGUGGCCGUGGCUGGGCGCCGCGCCCGCCGCGCCCGCGCCGCCGCUCGUGCUGGCCCCGCGCGCCGCGCAGCGCCGCAGCGUCUAUUACGAUCCCUUCCUAGCAGCGGCGGCCACGGCUGACUCCAACUACAGACUACAGGCCGCGAAGCCGGCAGCAGAGGCAGCGGCAGCGGCUGCAGCGGCGGCGGCGCCCCUGCUGAAGUCUCCGCUGACGGCGCAGCACGCAGCAGCAGCAGCAGCGGCAGCCAAUUACAGCGCAGCGGCGCGAGCGGCGGCCGCGGCCGUCAGCGCCGGGCCCCAGCCCACGCUCACGCAGCUCGCGUACGGCAGAGAGUAUGCAGACCCUUACCUCGGUCACUCGAUCGGACCAGUAACAGGAUACGGGACGGCGGUGUACAGGAGUGGGUACAACCGGUUCGCGCCGUACUAAGCCAGUGGAAUCAACAAACGAUUGCUCGAAUAUUAAACUACCUUGGUUUUCCAAUCACCCAAUCAUGACAAUGGACUCUCUUUGUAAAGGUACAAACGUUAAAUUAAUGUAAGGUAUCAGUAAUAGUGCUAGCUGGUUGCUGUACAAGUAUGCUUGGAUUUUUACUAUAGUUUUAUUAUUAACUGCGAUCGGCAGUGUUCCGAUCGGGGACUCGUACAUAAGGGAUUGUUACAGUUGAGUCGCUUCACUACACUCGAGUGUUGACUACACUAGUAUUGAAUUCAAAUGUUAACUUUAGAGACUGAUCUGCCAAGUUUAGUGUUGAAAUUGUACGCUCUUAGCGCACGUCGGUAAUUAUAAUCUCUUAACACAUACGUAUACCAAAGUCAUUAUUGAAAUUUCUAACACAAAUAUUGUUAAAUUGUCGUGUAAAAACAAGUGCGAGCAGCUCAUGCCUCCAUACUGUUGGAUCGAUUGUGUCAGUAACCGUUUUAUAGAAGUACUCAUGUUACAGAUGCGUAGCGGACUAACGCGUCCUCUUUUACUACGAUAUGGUACCCUAGAGUAGGAGUUACACAUAAUGACAAUAGUAAUUACUUCGUAACGAUAUUUAGUGAGCUUUGCACUUGCAUAUCAUAGAGGAAAGUGUAAAUACUGGCGACCGGGCGAGCUAGUGGCGGUCGCGUGUACAGGCGGUGGGAUAUCCGGCAAGCGCAGAGCGGGCUGCGGGCUGCCCCAGCGACGAUGCUCAUCUAAGUGUUUCUGUCUCCAAGUUUGAUACAUGUUAACUUUAUUAUAGCACUUUUCUGUACUUAGGUGUUACGUCGUUAUAUUGCAAAUGUCGGUAAGAUUUCGUACUUCUUCCAUUCUACGGAAAACAUCCAAACUCUUAUUCAUAAGGUGUUUUUUAUAAACAUUUUCUUUAUUAAUUUUAAUUACCUAAUGUUGUAACUGUGACUUGUGAAUAAGAGAAAUAGGUAUAUUUUCUACAUUAUUUGUAAGUGCACCGCCACCCCCCUUAUUUUACAAGUCCAUGAACACGAUAUACUCAAUGAAAUCGCAGAACAAAUACAUAGUACCUAAGUACGUACUUUUUAGAAGAUAAUCUUUUUUAUUAGUUACAUCUUGGUGCAUAUUUUAACUGGUGCCAUUUAUUCGGUUGUUUUAACUAUUUACUAUAAAAGUUACCUCUUUUUGACCUACAUUUGAAGCGUACAUUUUAUUUUUAUAUUAGCUCUAGUGUUCAAUAAUGUAUAUUAUCACUUUUAAUAUAGCUGUUUUGGACUCUUAAAUUCCAUCUUUAGCGGUCAAAUUUGCUUUCGAAGAUAUUAUAAAUUUUGUAAUAACGUACCAAUAGGUGGUCAUUUAGAAAUAACGCUUUAGAUGUAGUAUUUAAGCAAAGAAGUGAACUCCAUCGAGUUCUUACAUAUCAUUGAGAUUUCUCUUUGGAUUAUGAUUAAUUUGUAACAUUAACUUCUAACAAGACGGUUUCUAAAUUCCACGCUAUUUUACUAUAUUUUUAUCUAAAUACAUUGAUUUCAAUAAACAUGCAUACGGGUCCAACCCUUUUAGAAAUCGUAAAAUAAUCGUUAGAUCUAAUGUUUUCAUUAGAAUUUUAAAAAUUAAUGUAACGCGUAAUGUGGAUUCGCUCAACAUUUAUACCAAAGCACAAAAACCCAUCGAUACAAACAAAUUUAUGAGCGUUUGUUUGUUAUUAACCCUUAGAUUUAAAAGUCUUUCAGCUGGAAAAACUUAAAAAAUCUAUGAGUGACACAUAGAUAUCGCUGUGUUUUUUACCCUUAUGUUUUCCUUAGCAGCUACUGCUGUUAGAACAUAUCUUUUUUGCCAUCUAGUAUAGUAAUCCUUUAAUCUGGCGAUUUUGUGAUAGAUCUGCGUGUUUUUUUGCUAAAUGUUGAUUAAUUUAAAUCAUUUCAAUCAUCUCGCCUUGUUUAAAUGAUGUGACUACAAAGCAGUAAGGCUUCUAAUGAAUUUUAAAGAUAAAAUCGAAGUAAAUCGAGUACACUGUACCCGUUGAUCUUUCGGCGGUUUUUUGAAUUACAUUUGAUUUUAUUGUACCUUUCUAUAAAAAUAUAAUUGUCAAGCUUAAUUAUUUCUCCAAGUCGAAUGUAAUUCAAUUGCUACUGCUAAUAUUUUUUACAACGCAUUUGAAUUUUGAAUAUUUCUUAAAAUAGCACAAAUAGAUUCACUCGUGAAGUAAAGCGCAGCAUUAGCGCGUGUCUAGGUUCAUUGUAGUGACCACAUACGAAGAAUCCUUAACUAUGGUGGACAUUUCGAUACUCCUCAUACUGUAAAGUGAAAACUCGUAGGUCGGUAAAAGCACGCGCCGCGGCAUAUCCAUGACAUCUACAACAUUUCGUUCUAGUCCUUCACGCACAAACUCUACUAGUUUAUAAUUUUGUCUGUGGUUACAAAGGUACAAGGUGCUUUAUCUUUCGUGUAUUGUGUUUAGGCAAUCUAAUUUGCAAGUUUUUUAGAUUGAACAGCGGCAGUGUCCAAACUCAUUUAGCAUUAAAGCUUCUGUGUCUGUUUAGUGUCAUAUAAUAUAAUUUGUCGGACGACAGAAGCAGAAACCACUCAUAUUUUAGUGCCACUGGCUUUUACACAUGAUAUUGUUAGGUGUUAAGUUGUAUUGUAAUGGUAUUUAGAUUACGUUGCAGCUUCGAACAAUUUAGUGCUUUACUGCUGAAUACUCAUGCGUGAAUGCGAUAAUUUAAGUGAUUCUUUAGUUUUUAGUAAUUUGCCAGUUUAUAAUGUUGUAAUUGCAGAUUGUAAUUAAGUACACAAAGAAGUACAUUCGAUUCUAUUCGAUGAUUAUAUUAUUAUAUAUUUUUUACUGUAUCUGAUUUUAGUGAUAAAGAAUGGUCACAAACCCGUGCGAAUAGCGCACUUUGAAUCGUUGAGUUCGUGGUCAAGGAUAUAUUAUUUCGUUACUGUUUUGUACGUGAUUUUGAUGAAAUCGUAAUGGUAAAUCAUAGAAGCAAGAUCAAACUAAUUUUGUAUAGAGAUUUCAUAAUCUAAGCCAAAUUGUUGUUACAUGGAGAAAGAACAGAAUUUACUCGACAUAUCUUAUAAAAUGGUUAGUGUACUACAAUAAGAUUUUGAAAAGGAAUCACCAGAUAUUGUAUUAUAAUCAUUAUAAUAAGGAUAAUUAUGUAUUUUGUAACGCAAAAUGUGUUUAAAUUUCUGAAAAAAUAUUCAAUCAUAAUUUCAUAAUGUUAUUUUUUUUACGCUGUGCACAAAUUGAAAUCAUACUCAUAGUUUGAUAGCUUCCAGCUCCAUAAGUCGGUAGAUGUUAUAGAGUCGUUAGAUUGUGCAUAAUACGAAUUCAUAUCAGUGCUGUUGAGAGGCGGCGGCGGCGACCGUAGCGCCCUCUGUAAAUAGUGUUAUCGGCGGACUCGCCGCAUGUUGCGUAUACUUUCUACCCUCGAGUUGUUAACGUAGCCACAGUUGUAAGUUACACUUGUUUGUCAAUUGCACACGUCGACGCUGUUCUUUUAGUAUAGGGAUAUUCUCGAAUUCAUAGCUGGGAAUAUAAACCUAUUCGUGAUCGUUAUAACGAGCGCGAAAUAAGAAAGUUAUCGGCUCAAUUUCGAUUGCGAAUUAAUAGUUUGUAAAAGCAUUUCAUAUUACUAUCACAGAUAUGCAGAAUGAAAAACUCACGAGCAUAUCUAUGGUGUUAAUGUGUCGUGUUUGAUGUGUGAGAGUGUAAGUAGCGCAUACAGCGGCCACCCGGACCGCGGCCGCGAGCGUGCGCAGUGACGGGUAGGGGCCGCUACAGUGUAGCGCUCACUCAGUGCGCACGCGCACCGCCGCGGCCGGAGCCACGCUUGCAGUAGCUUGUUGAGAACUGGACACGUAUGCGUUACCGGCAGAGGGCGCGCCACGCGUCACACGCAACCAGUAUUGCAUCAAUACAAUAUCUGUGCUCAAUUUCCGUGUCUAUAAUAUUCGUGUAAUGUUAACAUGUUUUUAAAAUUUAAAUAGAAAUUACAAUAGAUUUGUUACAUAAUGAAUGUCUUCCGUUUGGCACAUAUUGAAUAGUUUGAUUGCACAAUUGAAUGUUGCACAAUCCGAUGUGGAUGAUGGGCCCGCCGGCCGACGGCGGGUCGGUGCACAGCCAGCCUCUUCUCCUACAUACAACUUGUGAUAAAGCCAAUAAUUUACAGAAUAUCAUUUAUGUAAUGCGAUCUUUAAUUGUAGAUUGCAAAGCUGAUUCUCUCAUUUAUUGUAAAUAUUUUUUUCAAAUUGUGAAAUAUUGAAUGAAGUGAAUCAUUUCAAGCCUUUGGCAUUGUGUACUCAUUUACGUUAAUAAAUUAUAUAGUAUGAA